AGACGAAUAGCACAAAGGCUUGUUGCUAAAGAGAAGCUGAAACUAUAUGGACUGCAAGAAUGGAGGGAAUGAAUACUUCUAUUAAUUUCACCUGUAUAUUCAGCAUUAUUCCUAAAGCAAGUCUAAGAAACCAUGACAACUCCAGGAAAAGAAAACUUUCGGCUGAAGAGCUAUAAAAACAAGUCCCUCAACCCUGAUGAAAUGCGUCGCCGGCGUGAGGAAGAGGGCCUUCAGCUCCGGAAGCAGAAACGAGAGGAGCAGUUGUUUAAGCGUAGAAAUGUUGCCACAGCUGAUGAAGAAGCAGAAGAGGAAGUUAUGUCAGAUGGCGGGUUCCAUGAAACCCAGAUGAAUAAUAUGGAGAUGACUUCUAGUGCAGUUAUCACAUCUGAUAUGACUGAGAUGAUUUUCUCCAAUAGCCCUGAACAGCAGCUCUCAGCUACCCAGAAAUUCCGAAAACUUCUCUCAAAAGAACCGAAUCCUCCUAUAGAUGAAGUCAUCAGUACGCAAGGAGUAGUGGCCAGAUUUGUGGAAUUCCUCAAACGGAAAGAAAACUGCACUUUACAGUUUGAAGCUGCCUGGGUACUGACUAACAUUGCUUCCGGAAAUUCCCUUCAAACUCGGAUUGUGAUCCAAGCAGGCGCUGUUCCUAUCUUCAUAGAACUGCUCAGCUCAGAAUUUGAAGAUGUGCAAGAACAGGCUGUUUGGGCUCUUGGUAAUAUCGCAGGUGACAGUACUAUGUGUAGAGAUUAUGUGCUUGAUUGCAACAUUUUACCUCCUCUAUUACAAUUGCUUUCCAAGCAGAAUCGUCUUACUAUGACACGAAACGCUGUGUGGGCACUCUCUAAUCUUUGCAGAGGGAAGAAUCCUCCUCCAGAUUUUGUAAAGGUAUCGCCCUGUCUGAGUGUGCUCUCAUGGCUGCUAUUUGUCAAUGACACGGAUGUUUUAGCAGACGCAUGUUGGGCGCUCUCAUACUUGUCUGAUGGACCCAAUGAUAAAAUCCAGGCUGUGAUUGAUGCAGGCGUGUGUAGGAGGCUUGUGGAGCUGCUAAUGCAUAAUGACUACAAAGUGGUGUCUCCUGCCUUGCGAGCGGUUGGAAACAUUGUUACAGGGGAUGACGUCCAGACCCAGGUUAUACUGAAUUGUUCAGCCCUGCAGAGUUUAUUACACUUGUUAAGUAGUCCUAAAGAAUCAAUUAAAAAGGAAGCAUGUUGGACAAUAUCAAACAUCACAGCUGGAAACAGAGCCCAAAUUCAGACUGUCAUAGAUGCCAACAUUUUCCCGGCUCUAAUCAAUAUUUUGCAAACGGCUGAGUUUCGGACAAGAAAAGAAGCAGCUUGGGCGAUUACUAAUGCAACUUCUGGUGGCUCUGCUGAGCAGAUCAAGUAUCUGGUAGAACUUGGCUGUAUCAAACCGCUCUGUGACCUCCUUACGGUGAUGGACUCGAAGAUUGUGCAGGUAGCACUUAAUGGGCUUGAAAACAUCCUGAGGCUUGGCGAGCAAGAAGCCAGACGAAGCGGCACUGGCAUUAACCCAUACUGUGCACUCAUUGAAGAAGCCUAUGGCCUGGAUAAGAUUGAGUUUCUGCAGAGCCACGAGAACCAAGAAAUCUAUCAGAAGGCCUUUGAUCUGAUUGAGCACUACUUUGGGACAGAAGAGGAGGACAGCAGUAUUGCCCCACAAGUAGAUCUUGGCCAGCAGCAGUACAUCUUCCAGCAGUGUGAGGCUCCCAUGGAAGGCUUCCAGCUCUGAGGUGCUGUGUUGCUCUGCCCAGCCAGUCCUAAGAGCUCUGAGUUGGUCCUGUUUUCCAUAAAUUUGUAUGAGCUCAUUGUUUGCUUUGCACACACACUUAAACACAACUGGAAAGCUCUUGGUUGUAGGGUGCCACUUGGGUAAGGGCUUACUGUACCCACCUCUUCAGAGCUGGAGCACCUCUAUAAAGAGAACUGUUUUCCCCCAAUGAAAUUAUACACUGAAGUGGGUAUAAAACGAGAUUCUAAAACAAGGGUGGAGUGAGUUGAGUGUGUGCACGCGUGCACACGCUCGUGUGUGUGUGUAUUGCAGUGCUCUUGCUGUCCGCAGAGAGGCUUUGACUCUUCCUUUCCCCGCACUUGUUUGGGUGCCUGCCUCAUUCAUUGGAUUUGAGAAUUAUUUAAUGCUCACACAGAACUUGAACGGUGGUCGUUUUGUGUGCGACAGCCUCAGUUCCUGUUAAUCUAUAUAUACAUACAUAUGAUACUUACAGAUACUGGAAUGAGCUCUCUGUUCCCUGCACUUAAGAGCUGCCAGUGAAUAAGCUCCUCCAGGUUCUAAGAACACUGAACAGUUGAUGACAAAGUGACUUCUAGGAUGCCGUUUUGACUGCAUGGGAUUUGGAGUUCUCUUCUAUCUGCACAAGGAAUUGGGCAUUGGGCCCUCUCUGUGUGCCUUCUCAGAGCCACAGCCAGCGCUCUUGUGAAGAUGCCCUAAAUUGGGCCAGGGAUAGAGGAACUUUACUGCUCAUCUACCACAGAGCAUAAAUUGGCUCUAUGUUCAAACUGAACCUUUCUUUCAUGUUUUGAAAUUGGCCCUCAAUAUUGUUGCUGCUGGGAAAUCUCAGCUUGAGUUUUUGAACACAGCUUGGUCAAACAGGGCUCUGUCUGUCAUUUUUUGUUGUACAUUCUUACUAUGUUAAACUAUUGAUGCAAGGAAGAUACUAGCUCCCUGUGGCAUCUGCUCUCAUGAACUGUAGCGUCUAAGACAGGCCACAAAGAACGCUUGAGCCUUGAGCUUUAGCAGCUUCAUUACAAGCCAACAAAUCCCUCUGUGUAAUGGAAUCUUAACUCUCUCAAGUGAGGUAUGCAUUUCGCAGCUACACUACAGCUACUUCAGUUGUGAAAUCAUCGGCCUAACCUCAGUUGCACCUCUUAUUUAGUCCUCGAUGCAAAGAAUUGAUCUUUGGUGAAACAUCAGCACUGCAAGUUCCUGCAACAGCCAAGUGUGUCACAGCAGUUUCCAUAUAUUUGUAGAAUGCCCUUUUGACUAACACCAAGGUUGUGGCUCUCCAGCAUGCUUGGACUGAAGGCAUUGGAUGUGAAUGCCGGUUGCUUUGAUUUUCUUCUCCCAUUCCAAUGCCAGCUGACAUGACAGCGUAGUAUUAUUUUAACAUAUCAGCAGUGUUGUUCUGUGAAUGCUUGGAUAUUGUAGGGGGCUUUGCACCCUUUCCCAAACUGAGUGGUGCCUUUAGUCAUCUUGACCUUUCAGAGGACAACUAAUGUUGUGCAUCCAUAAUAAAUGCGGUUAUCAGAAUUGCUUGACGGAUCCUUCAUGUUACAAUUAACAGAAGAUAACUAGCAUUGCCCAGAAAAAAAUACUUUGAUCAACUGGUAGGUCCAGUCUCAUCAAUGUUUUGUGUGAAUGACCCUUCCAAGGAAGUCCUCACAGUUGCCACUUUUGUCCAUUCUUCAACAGCCUCCACCCUCAAGUUACUUUCUUUAAUGUAGUGCUGCUUUACUACUGAAGGAGCAUUUUAGAUUACCAUUGUGAACCUCUGUUGGACUUCAGUUGUUUGUGAUUUUAGGAUUUUAAAAUUGGGGCUGAACUGAAAUAGGGAUGCGCUUUGCAAUAAACUAAACCCCCAUUUUGGUGAUUGAUUGAGGGAGGUUCCCCUAUGAGGGCAGAAAUCCAUGACACUUAACAUUAACCCAUGGGUGGUUGUGUUGCACAAACCCAGACGCAGUAACAAAUCAUGAUUCAUUAAUCACAAACAACCAGAAAGAGAACCCAUGGUUUGUUGUUGGGUUGUGAACUCUGGAUUUUUUAAACCAAGAGUAGUUGCUACAUGUAAAUCCAGAACUGUGAGUUGGUCAUAGGUUGCCAAGCUAGGGAGCAACGGUCAAAGAGUGACCAGAAGCCAGUAUUAAAAGCUCUGCAAAGGCAUUUGGGAUAUAGGGAGCAGCAGUUGAAGGAGGGAAACAAACUAUCCAGGAGUUGAGAAAACAAACCAUGGUUUGUUAAUCGUUUGCCAGACUAAGGUUAUGUGUGAAUCAGGUUGCUGUUUAUUAAGCCUGGGUUUAAAGAAAAAAUGGCACCAAAACUACAGAUGGAAGAAAGCAGCAUCUACAGACAAGGAAUCAAAUAAUAUGCAAGAAAGAUAAGUUAAGGCAAAGGUUCAUGAAACUUGUGGGCAAAAGUACAGUGCAGCCCAUUUUAAAAAAAUA